AUGGCUGCCUUCUAUGUCGUGGCUGCUACAAUUUCAUGUUUCAAGUUACUUUUUCUUCCAGCCUAUCGAUCGACAGAUUUUGAAGUUCAUAGAAACUGGCUAGCCAUAACUCAUAGUUUACCUGUUAAUAAAUGGUACACUGAGGCCACAUCAGAAUGGACAUUAGAUUACCCUCCAUUUUUUGCCUGGUUUGAAUAUGGUUUGUCUCAAAUUGCUCAGUAUUUUGAUGAAGAGAUGUUGAAAGUUGAAAAUCUAAAUUAUUCCAGUGAAGCUACCAUUUUAUUUCAACGAAUGUCUGUGAUUUUCACUGAUUUUAUUUUCAUUUAUGCUGUCAAAAAUGCUAUAUUAUUGAUAGGAAAUAUAGGUCUACUCAUUGUUGACCACAUUCAUUUUCAAUACAAUGGAUUUUUGAUGGGAAUAUUUUUAUUGUCUAUAGUUAAAAUGUAUGAGAACAAAUAUCUACAGUCAGCCCUGUUGUUUUGUGUAUUGUUGAAUUUAAAACACAUAUAUUUAUAUGUAUCUCCAGUAUAUUUUAUAUAUUUAUUGACAUCAUACUGUUAUAAUCCAGGUGUGAUAUCAGUGUUCAGUUUAUCAUUUGCACCAUUCAUAUAUAUGGGCCAGUUAUCUCAAGUUUUAUCUAGAUUAUUUCCCUUUAAGAGAGGUUUAUGUCAUGCUUACUGGGCACCAAAUUUCUGGGCAUUAUAUAAUAUAGCUGAUAAAGCAUUAUUCAUCAUAGGUAGUAAAUUAAAACUCUUACCACCAACAUUAUCAGACUCAGGUUUCAUGACUGGUGGAUUAGUACAGGAAUUUAGUCAUACAGUUCUACCCUCUAUAAAACCUUUCUAUACUGUUAUACUGACAUUGAUAGCUAUGUUGCCUGCUUUGUUCAAUUUAUUUCUGAACCGUAAAAAAGGAUCUGUUGGUUUUGUGAGAUGUUUAAUAUUAUGUGCUUAUGCAUCAUUCUUAUUUGGAUGGCAUGUUCAUGAAAAGGCCAUUUUAAUCAUCAUUAUACCAAUGAUAUUAUUAGUGUUUGAAAGUAAAGAAGAUGGUAGAAUUUAUUUAAUUUUAUCAACAAUAGGAUAUUAUUCCUUAUUUCCAUUAUUAUUUACACAAUUUGAAACGCCAAUAAAAGUAUUGUUUUUGUUAUUGCAUUGUUUUUAUUCAUUUUAUACCCUGUCUAAUAUUCACAAAUCUUCUGAAAGAUUAUUACCUAUUGUGUCUUGGUUGGAAUCAGUAUAUUUGUUAGGAAUAGUGCCUUUGGAAUUUUACAAUUCUGUUAUCCAUUCUUUGUUAAAAUUGGAUGAAAAAUUUCCCUUUAUUCCUCUGUUAUUGACCUCCAUAUAUUGUUCUCUUGGAGUUGUUUAUACUUGGUUACGAUUUUAUUUUUCAUUUUUACAGUCCCAAAGCCCAAAACACAAAACUAGCUAG